GAACUUCCGCUGGAGGGAGUAAGGCGUCACUAUGCGGAAAGUCCAUAUAACACAAUGGUGGCAAGCGGGAAUCGAAGGAUAGAAUCUGUGGUGUACCUUCAGCACGGCAGUACCGUGAUGCGCAGCAUGAGAUGUUUAAUUCGAGCCUAGAAUGUACUAGACUAGAAACGGAAAUAUGACGGCUUCGGUCUGGGUGAUAUGAGCGAUGACCACGGUGAACAAGUCAAAAAAGUCCACCAUGAAAGUUAAAUCCAAGAAACAGGAACAAGAAGAUCAUUUGGUUGUCAAAAGAAAAGGUGGUGGAAGUAUCAUUGACCACCGUCCUCUAUUUUCCAGCAACGGAGAGAUCCUGUACGUGAUCUGGAAGCAGGUGAUUCGUAAAUACAGUACACAGACUGGGGACUUCGUCGGGGAGUUUGAGUCAGCAGAUGUAAAAUUAGCCGGAAUUUCCUUUUACUCGGACAAUUUCAAUACAAUCGUAGGAUGCACCGAAUCCGGAGACUUAAUCAACUGGAACUCCCAGAACGGAGUCAUCACCCGUAAGCUGAAGUUGAAGACUCAGGAGGACGCCAAGAUCUCGACGUUUCAUAUUGUCAACUAUAAGUCGAAGAAUGGAAGGAAUAUCUGCCAAGUGUUACUUACAUACCUCAGCAAGAGUUCGAAUUGCAUCGAACUGGUUCUCUUUGACGUGGAGACUGGAAACUGCACGAGUUCCAGGUCCAUUCCAACUGUGGCUGCUGCACCCUAUUGCAUCGAUAUCAUUGGAAAUUAUGGCGAUAAUCUCGUGGCGUUAGCUCAGGAUGUUGAUCUCCAUAUCUUACACCCCACUGCUGGUUUCACUGGAAAGCUUCACAAAAUUGGAUUGACUGGAAGGAAGCUCACCUGCAUCACAGGUCAUCCAGAAGAUGAAUGCAUAGCAGUGGGCGACUCAAGCGGUCGGGUUGUAGUCUACAAGAACCUCCUCCACUCACGUCCAAUAACUGGCACGUAUCAUUGGCACACCCUUCCAGUAACUGAAAUUGCCUUUAGCAAAUCUGGCGGCCACAUGUACACGGGUGGCUCCGAGUGCGUUCUCGUCAAGUGGACCCUAGCCAAUCCUCUUCACAAGUCCUUCCUCCCACGUCUUCCCGCCCCCAUAAAACACCUGACAAUAGCUCCUGAGAACAUUUACGUUGCUGUCUCGACCCUGGACAACGGAAUCGUGGUUGUCAACCCCCAAAAGAAACUCACCUCGUGUAUUCAAAACUUCACCUGGGGUGUGACCGCAUCCACAAAGGAUCUUUUCCCCGCUGGGCUCACACUCGACCCCAGAACUGGGAGUCUCGUAUUGAACAGCCGCACAGGACACGUUCAGUUCUUCGACACCCACAGGAAGUCUCUUCUCUACAACAUUAAUAUAACAGCUCAGAACUUCCUCACCCAAGAGAGAACCGCACUCAUUAUCAACACAGAAGUCACCAGGAUCGCCAUCAACCAAGAUGGCAGCUGGAUGGCAACCGUUGAGGAGCGCGACGAUCGAGUUGCAAGUCCAGAAGUCAGACUGAAGUUCUGGAAAUUCAACUCUGAAAAACAAAACUUUGUUCUCAACACCUCUAUCGAACUACCCCACGAUUUGGGGGUCAAUGCCCUGGAAUUUCAACCCAAUACCAGUUUGAGUGGCGAGAGAAUCGCUGCUGUGACCACUGGGAAAGAUCGGAAAUUCAAGAUGUGGAGUCUCGUCGAGGGGAAUUCAGUGAUUAAGAGGGGCAAGCACUGGGUCUGUUCAGGGGUAGAGAGUUACAGGGAUCUCAUAGCAACUGACGCGGGAUUUUCCGUUGAUGGCUCACUACUGGGCGUGAGCUUCGGCUCCAGUCUUACGAUCUGGGGACCAGAAACCAUGGCAUUGAAGUGCUCAUUGACCCACCGAAGGUAUCCGCAGAUUAUAAAAAGGGUUGAGUUUGGGAAGAAUGAGAGCUGUCAUCUGGUGGUGGUGGGGUCUGAUGAACAUAUUGGGGUAUGGAACCUCUUGACGUUGAGCCUCACUUGGUCUGUAAGUUUGAGAUUACUGGCUCUGGUGGCCGAUCCUUGCUCUAAUUUUAUGGCCGCGUUCUCGGGGGACAAUUCCUUGUUCGUCUUCAACCCUCAAGUGUCAACACCUGUUUAUGUCAGGCGGGGACUGCUGGAGGGGGACUCGGGAGUGCUGGGGGCUUGCUUCGUGCCGAAUGCCAAGGAGAAAAGGGGAAAGGGAUUUUGCGACUGGCAGCGGAAGAGCCAGCUCUUUUUUAUUGACGAUAACCAGGAGCUGUUGGCGUUGGAGGAUGAACGGGAAGGUGGAGUCCUGAUGGAAAGCUUGGGGGUCGGAGUAAACUGGCCCAAUACUGCCUUUGGACAGCUUAUUGCUGAGGAGAGGAGUAGUGGUGUCGAGAGGGGGAACUUUCUGCAUGAACAGCUGGGCGGCGGAAAGGGAGUCGUUGAAGAGUUGCUCACGCUACCUGCACACACUCUCCCUCCGAUGCGACUGCUUUGUGCGCCAUUCAUACUCUCGUUGAGGGCAAAGCAGGAGAAUAAACGAAAAAAUCAGGACGAUAAGAACACCAGUGAUGCCAAUAGUGAGUCCCAAAAUUCCGACGAUAGUGACGAAGAUGACGGAAUUGUGGUGAGAGACCAUCAAAGUAUCGAGACGACUGCCACGGAGGCUGAAGGUGGUAAUGAUAAUGAUAGUAAUGACGUGAAACUCGUCAGUUUGGAUUGGAGUUUUCUGGCUAGGAUUUUACCGCGUUAAUACGUAUGUUCGUUAUUAUUUCAUUGAAAUAAAUAUGAUAUUUUUAAAGGGGUUA